CAGCUGUUGCUCUGCACACGUGCGCCGUGAAUAUUCUUUAUUGUUAUUUUAUUUGGGCAAAUUUCCGCAUCUAAAAUGAGUGACGACGAGGAGCACUACGAGCCAAGGGCGCACAAGAAGCUGCUGCAGGCCAUCGGCAGUCUGGGCAAGGUGCAGCACAUCCAGAAGUCCACCCGUGACGAGCGCCAGUCGCGUCAGGAUGAGUUCCAGCUGGUGAAGAGCGUGUCGUCGGCGGAUUCGGAGCGUGCACCCCGGGCGGUGGGUCUCAAUGACCUGGUGGACAUCCUGCGCACCUCUACGAAGCACAGCCAGACGGGCAAGAAGCUCAAGAACGUCCAGGGCAGCAAGAAGGUGCUGGAGAAGCCACUAGAGAAGCCGGCAGCGGAUCGCAUCAAGCGGACCAUUGGCUACGAGGGAGUGUCCAAGAAGCUGGGCCGCUGGGAUGCUGUGGUGGCCCAACAGCGCUCGGCAGAGACGCAGAUCUUUCCCUUACCCUCGGAGACGAUUUACGUAAACACCUCGGCGAGUGCGCGUCCCCUGAACACACGGAUUAAAUCGAAUCUGGCCAAGGAACUCGAGGCCAGCAACCGUAAGCUACGUGAGCUGCGCAAGGCGCAAAUUGGCGACACCACGGACGAGAAGGAGCUGGCCAAACAGGAGCGCCUGCUCCACCAAAAGAAACUCACGCGGGAUGAGCUCUUCGCCCGUCGCAAGGAGUUGGCCUACCUGAAGAUGCGCGAGUCCCAGAAAUCGGCCAAGGCCCGCAUGCAAAAUAAGAUCAAAUCCAAAAAGUUCCACAAGCUGCAGAAGCGCCAGAAGAUCUUGGAGCAGAUGAAGGAGUUCGAGCUGCUGCAGAAAACCAACCCGGAGGCGGCGCUGGAGAAGCUCAAUGCGCUGGAAAAAAGUCGAGUGCAGGAGCGUGCCAGCCUGCGGCACAAAAACACUGGCACGUGGGCCAAGAAUCUGCAGGUUCGUGCCAAAUACGACAAGGAUGUGCGAAAGGAUCUGGCCGAGCAGUUGGCUGUUAGCAGGGAGCUGACCCAGAAAAAGCAGGAAUCCGACAGCGAGGAGGAAAUUAGCAGGAAAAGAGUAGCUCCCGUGGAGGACGAUAAUGACUACGAUCCUUUCAAUCCUUGGACAAAACGAAAAACUGUGGAAAAUGCUGAGAACGGCCAAGGCGAAAGUGAGGAUGCCAAUUGGCGACAAUAUUGGACGAAGCGGAAUCGAAAUGAAAAGCUACUAGAAGAGCAUCGUAGGGAUUUGGAAGAGGACGUGCAGGAUGAUGAGGAGCAGGCGGAUGAAACUACACCAGAGCCAUCAGCCAAACCUGCCAAGAAAAGUACUAAAAAAUCAAAAGUUAAAACUGAGAAUGGCUGGCAAGUAGAAGAAGUUGAGCCAAAAGAAACUAAAAAACCAAAAGGAAAAUCUAACUCAAAGUCCAUUGAUGAUAUUUUCGAGAAGCACGAAGACCAAGUGAGAGCCAAGCUAAGCAAGAAAAUGGAAAAGUUAAAGGAACAGGUGAAUAAACCUAAAGAAGUCCCCGUCAAAGGAAAGAAGGCGAAAAAGAAGGACGCCCUGCGGAACCUGAAAGGUCUGGCCUUAAAGAAGACUAAUCAGAAGGUUGAGGUUGACGAGCCCCUAAAUUAUGAGGAAGAUGGGGAUUCGCAGAAGAAAAUCCCAGAGCAAUUAGAGAACAAUCCAGAAGCAAAGGAGACCCCAGCUGUGGACACCAUAGAUCCAAACAAGGUGACUACUCUGCUGUUUACCCAAAAGAAAACCAGCUCGGGUGGCAUCAAUGACGCUCUGAUAGACGAUGAGGCGGCCGAAUACGAUGAAGAAGACGCGGCCACCGAACGCCAGUUGACCAUUAGUCAGGCCUUCGAGGACGAUGAUAUUAUUGCUGAUUUUAACCGCGACAAGAGCAAGGACUCUGAGCUGAAGAACACAGAGAUUCAGCUGGCCCUGCCCGGCUGGGGUUCCUGGGCGGGUGCGGGUAUUUCGCAGGCGGUGAUGGAGCGGCGUAACAAGCGACUCCUUCUCAAGCUGGCCGCUCCGGAAAAGCGACGGGACGACAACAAGGAAGCCCUCUACCUUAACGAAUCGGCCAGCAAGCAGGCGCGCGAGCAUAUGGUCUCCAGCAUCCCGUUCCCCUUCCGAUCCCUGGCCGACUACGAGGCCAGCAUUCGCGCCCCAGUUGGCCGGAACUUUGUGCCGGAGACCGCCUUCCGGAUGCUCACCCGUCCGGCGGUCAUUACGCGCAAGGGCCAGGUCAUUGAGCCCAUGACGGAGAGCGAGCUGGUCAAGCCGGACCGGCGUCUGCGUCACAUUGUGGACAGGAGGAUAAAACGCAUACCGGUAGUUCCACCCAAGGGCAAAAUAGCUUAAAAUUAGGAAUAGAUUUACAAAUAAAUGGGAGACAAAAUAAUAGAAAUGUUAAAUGUGUUCUAAAAAGA